CGACAGUCAACAUCAAUGGGUUCUUGUCCCAAACGUUUUCUUUAACACGGUCCCUCAGGCAAGGCUGUCCCCUCGCAUCUCUCCUGUUCGCAUUGCAAAUGGAGGUCCUUCUCAAUGCCUACCGAUCCUCCCCACGUAUUCGUACGUAUUCGUGGCUUGGACCUCGGGGGCGGUGACUAUAUGUUGACCGGAGCGAUCGCUGAUGACCUAUUGCUUACGAUGGAAGCAACAACCGAGUCAAUGCAAGAAGCCAAGAGUUUGUUGGACAGUUAUGUGAAGCUAUCGGAAGCCCAAGUCAACUGGGGGAAAUCCAUUUACUUCCUGCCAGCAGACUACGAAACGCCAGAAGCCGACUGGGGCAUGCAGCGGGUUCCAACCGAGACCUCGGAAAGGUACCUGGGUCUGCAAGUAUCAUUGACCAAUGCACGGCCGAAGCAGCAGUCGAUCCUCCGUGCUAAAACGAGGGCUAGCAUCCAGAAGUGCAGGGUGGCGGUUGGAAUCUCACUGGUGGGCAGAGCCCUGUUGCUAACCUCGGCAGUCUUUGCGCAGUUGUGGCACAUAGCAGCCGUUUGCCUCCUGAAUAAACCAACAGCCAAGCUCAUCGCUUCGGAUGCUGCGCGGUACCUGUGGAAGCCGGCAGCCCAGGAAGAUCAACGGGUCAUCUCUAAAUGUGUCUGGCACAAGGUAACGGCCCGGAAAAGUCAAGGGGGGCUAGGCAUCAUUGAUCCCUACAAGCAGAAUUUGGCCCUGUUAACUAAAUGGCUACAGAAGGCAGUGACUCAGGCCGAGUGUAGAACCUGGCAACUUGUCCUUGAAUAUCUACUGCAACACGACCUCUCGCUCGCAAGGAAAGAGGAUGUCUGGGCCACCAUUUUCAUGGAUUCAUUUCGCCGCCGACAGCUGCAAUCCCACCUGGCUGGAGCCUGCUGGACAGCCUGGAGAGUCCUGAUACCUCCUCACAUGAAACAACCGACCACCAGGGAUGAGGUGCUUAGACAAAUUUUGUUUGAUAAUUCGGAGAUCAGAGCUCCCCAGGGCGACCGGUUUGCAGCAACGGCGGCACCAGGUGCCUUCAGUAGAAGAUGGACGGAGAGAAGUGUGACAAGAAUAGAAGACUUAUGGGAUGAAGGGGAGAAGUGUUGGCGGUCGGUGGGUGACCUCAAAUUGAAGCUUAGAGGCCUACCUCACAUUGCAGCAAGAAGACAGCAGCUGAUCUCAGCUAUCCCGAAGCAUUGGCAGGAGCUGUUAGCGAUCGAGGCCCCCACUGAAGGCGAAUGGUACCUGCAUCAAGUUGAGGGGAACUCCCCUUCUAUUGUGCGGAUAAUGGAUCAGCUGGACGACGAGACGUGGGAGGCUCAGGAGUGGAGUAGAGAAGACACAUAUACCCAGCCUCCCGGACUGCGCCUUGAAGGUACCAUUGCCAUCCGGACCCCCGUGAACCUCCAGAGCAUACGAAUUCAUACAUGUAUAAAGGGGGGGGUGACUGUGCAUGAUCUGAUUGCUGAUGGGACUCCAUUGAGACGCCUUCGGGUCGACCCACAGGGCUGCUACUGGGAACCAACAGCGGGAAGCCGACUAUUCCUACACCAAUUUUCCACGAAACUUGGUAGAACACUGUUCACAGAGGAUGCGCGGUUUCCAGCCACAGUUGCUUAUUGCUUGAAUAGGCAACAACUACUGGAACGACAGAUAACGGAACAGGAGCUCCGUAUGCUGUGGGACCAGCUCCCAGCACUGCCCUCUCAAAAGCUCUCUGGCUUACUCUGGCUUCUCUCCCAUGCGGCAGUUCCUACAUCAGUUUGCCUUUUUGAAAGGGGCAUGGACAUUGAUACCCUCUGUAAGCGAUGCGAUAGUAAAGAGGAAGAGACACUCGUGCAUUUGUUCUGGGCCUGCCCAGCUUCAAAACGUCUAUGGCAGUGGUGGGAGCGUCACUGGCUACAGUUUGUAGGGGACCUUCUUCCCUGGGACGUGGAUUGGGCGCUCUUUGGUAAGCUUCCCAGUACGUGGUUCAAGCACAUAGGAAGGGGCUACGUCGCGCAAGCCAUCAGAUCCAUUCUCAUCUGGACCAUAUGGGAGGACCGCAACAGCAUUCUCUUCAAGCAGCAAUGGUCGGACGAUGCAAGCCUGAUUGCAAGAAUCAAGGCCUGGAUCAGAGCAAUGACUCGGGUCGACUGGAAUAGGAAGGCAGCAGGCGGCCAAUCCAAGAGAGGCAGGCAUUGGUUUCUAGUUACUUGGGCCAGGGACAACAAACUUGCUGCUGUUACUCAUACGGGCAAGCUGGUGAUUUCCCCCUGGCUGUGGGCAUGAAGCCCCGGUGACAUAACCUCCCACCUUUUUCUUCCUCCUUUAUCCCCCUUCCCUGUUUAGUAGUACUGCCUCGCAUUC